UUUCGACGAGUACAAGCGUGGGAGUUCAGGGAAUCGACUGAAGACAUGAAGCGUCUAAGAGACGGAAGGCAAGCUCGGCCCCUAGGGGCAAAUGGUGAUACAACGGGACACCCUAGCGGAGACCAGCUGCCUGAAGUCCCGGCAUCUGCCGACGAACCAACAACAAACCGGGCUCGUGGCUGGAUCGUCGACCCCAAUGGGCCAUCCGCCUCCCGUCAAGCCCAGCUGAGGCGGGUCGGAGAGGCGACACUUCGACAACCGGACAGGAUGCCAUGGGGCCAGCGCGCGGCAGACAUCCAAGGGUGGAUCGACCGACAAACCCAGGACCCGGGGACCGACGCCGAAGAGGAAGUAGAGCCCGAUGGCCGCUUCGCAACUGCAGGUGUCCGCUCGGCGCCUAAUCGCGACGUCGCCGCCAUGAAUCGCCGUUGUUCGGGAGUUAUGGGGCUAUCGACGACGACAACGCGACAACGGACACCGACGAGCACGAGACAAUACGCGACGCUCAAAGCCUGGCGUCCACGCUGCAGGACGAAGGGAACAGACACCCACUGGCUCGCGGGAACGAAUGGGACUCGCCCCUUUGGGCCGAGUGGAACCUGGCCGGUCAAGGUCGGGCAGCCACCCCUCCAGCAGCACACCGCGAGGACGAAUCCGGAGGACGGUGCUGGACCACAUUACUCCGACGUGUCCCACGCAAGCGAUGCAGGGGAAAGAGUAGGACCCCAACGCGACGACGGAGGGUCCGAUUCCAGGUCCCUCAUGAGCCUGGGCUUCGCGCCCCAGGCGAACCAGCAGUGGGCACCAGCCAACCCGUCGGGGUCAGAUGACGUCCCGCCUCCCCUCGUAGCCGCCCACGCCGGACUACCCCCACAACGUCCCGAUGAGGGAGUCGUUGACUUCGACUCCGAAGAGAGCCUCCCGCUGGAGUAUGGCGAGAUGGCCGACCCGAAUGGCGGGGCAACGCGCCAGGUCGACAGUUGCCUCGGGACCUCAUAUCCAACAUCACCGUAUUCUUACGCGAUCGCGCCUACCGACUGGGAGUCCGGCGACUGGAGGUCCAUGACGGCACUUGCUUCCGCAUAAAGAUUACCCGCAGCCGGGCCGUCACCGUCACUCUUCGGCACCCCCGAAGUAUGGAGGGGGUGUGAGGGAGCGUACGCUCCACCCACAUUUUUCCGCCCAUCAACUCGCCGGCAUUUUCCCAUUGGACGGGUCCCUCCUUAUUUUAUUAGAAUUAAGAUUUUUGACUUUUCCUUAUUUUCUAGUUUUAAGCAUUGACUUUUCAGUUUUAGGUUAAGGAGGGGGAAGGCCACGAAGGCUACAUGACA